CUCACCAUCAACCUUUUACCAUUAUUGCGCAUUAAGAGCAGUCAAAAACGCUUGUCCGCCAUUUCAUCUCCAUUAUGUCUACCUCGUCCAUUCCAUUUCGUACCCUGGGCAAAAAUGGUCCCCAGGUGCCAGCCAUGGGUCUCGGACUCGUCCCCAUGUCUGGAGGCUACGGCGCCAUACCCAGCGAUGAAGAGCGCUUCAAGAUUCUUGAUCGUGCGUUUGAGCUAGGGAUAACCCACUGGGAUAGUGCUGACAUCUACGGCGACAAUGAGGUGUUGAUUGGCAAGUGGUUCAAGCGCACUGGACUUCGACACAAGAUUUUUCUUUCGACCAAGUUCGGAAUGGUCAAGGGCUCCGGGUUCAAGGUCUUCAACAGCUCUGCUGAGUACACCAGAGAGGCAUGCGAAGCCAGUCUCAAGGCCAUUGAAACUGACUACAUCGACAUUUACUACCUUCACCGUCCCAACGUUGACACGCCCAUCGAGGUGACUAUGAGAGCCUUGGCUAAGCUUAAGGAGGAAGGCAAGAUACGAAAUAUCGGACUUUCGGAGGUGAGCUCGACCACCCUCCGCCGAGCUUGCAAGAUCGCCCCGGUUGCCGCGGUUCAGAUGGAGUACUCUCCUAUUGUGCUCGACGUCGAGGGUCCUGCUGGGACAAACAUGCUUGAUACUUGCAGAGAACUGGGUGUGUCCCUGGUGGCAUACUCGCCCCUUGGACGGGGCCUGCUGACCGAGACAUUCUCCAACAACGAUGUGGGGGGAGACAAGAAAGAUAUGCGCCCAGCUUUUUUCCCACGAUUUCAGCAAGAGAACCGAGAUUCCAAUGUCAAGCUGGUCCAAGAUUUUAAGGCUCUCGCCGAUAAGAAGGGUUGCACAACGUCUCAGUUGUCCCUUGCUUGGUUGUUGAAGCAAGGCGCCGAGGUCAUCCCAAUCCCUGGUACGAGGAAGAUGAAGUAUCUGGAGGAGAAUUGGGGUGCUCUUAACAUGCAGUUGACCGACCAAGAGGAGGCUGAAAUAAGGCAACUCGUGAAGGGGACUGGCAUGAUUGGCCAUCGCCUCCCGGCCGUUCACGCCACUGAUCUUGUUGAUACAAAGGAGGAGACGUAACUAGAGCCUCAAGAGAUCUCACUGCCCUACACUUUGCAUAAAGCCGCUAAAUAAAUCUGUUGAAGGGCCCAG